AUGGCUACUUCCAAUUCCCACCUUCUCAAUGCCUUCAUGACUGCGAAGAGAGAAUUCCUUGCAUCGCAAAAAGACUGUUCGCUGUUUGACCGUGUUUCGAACGUCACUUCAAUACAAGAAAUCCACGAAUUCGUUAUGCAAUUCCAGGCUCAACAGAGCAAUACAACUGGAAUGCGGUGCCUGCGGAAAAUAAACAAUUUUCUGGAAAGACUUCGCCAACUUUCUGAAGUGAUUGAAGUAUUUGUGUCAGUUAAGCCAGAUGUUUUAGCUUUGAUAUGGGGACCGAUAAAACUCUUACUUCAGAUGGCGAAUGCCACAAUCCAGUCCUUUGACGCUAUUGUCGAUACCAUGGCCAUCAUCGGAGACCGGCUGCCUUUGUUCGAGGAAUUCACAACGCUUUUCCAGGCGAGGGAUCGGGUCAAAGAUGCGCUGAUAUUAUUCUACAAAGAUAUCUUAGAUUUUUUUGGUAUCGCCUUGAACUUUCUCAGCGUAAAACAUUGGAAACUUGUUUUCGAAUCUGUCUGGCCAAAGCACAGAAGCAAGAUUGACGUCGUGGUUAGCAAUAUAGAGCGCCAUAGCUUUCUCCUACGGGAUGAAGUAAAUCUUACACAUAUAAGUGAAGCUCAUCAGGCUAGACUUAUCGACUUCGACCGCUGGGCAGCAACCUUUGAGUUCCAGGCACGGCAAAAUUACAACGAACUUGAGACCUUUAUUUCCCCGAGAUUGUACGAUGACGAACUGGAUCGGUUCCAGAGGAACAUGUGCGAAAGAACAGGACGUUGGAUUCAAAGAGACAAAGCUAUAAGCAAAUGGCUUGAUCCAAAUGAUACAAAAAAUAGACUUAUCUGGUUACAAGGAAUACCAGGGGCAGGAAAAUCAUACCUGAGUUCCAUGAUUGUGGAAAUGGCCAAAACUUCGCGAACUGCUGUUUUAUUCGCCUUUCUGAGUUAUAAGCAAGGAGAUGUUUCCGCAAUCUCGAUUAUUCAUUCUCUGAUCUUUCAACUGGUUAUUGGCGCUGAGGGUUCUGACGAAGCACUGAGAGCGGAUAUGAGAAUCAAACUUUUCGACAUUUAUCGGUCAAGCCAGCGGAGCCUAAAGAGCAACACCAAAUUUGCUCGAGAAACGCUAUGCACCCUCUUGAACUGCGUAGGGUCAGCUCAUAUUAUCAUAGACGGGUUAGAUGAGCUCACUGAAGGCGAACGAGCCCCAACUCUUCGUGAAAUCUUAUCCAUAUCGCGGGAUGCGAAUGAAACAAAAACCCUCAUCAGCAGCAGAAUGGAGGAUGACAUCUCUAGGAUCAUGAGCAAGACUGUUCAUAAGGCAGUCCGCGUGGACGACCAGAAUGGCGGAUGUAUUCAAUCAUUUGUCUCAAUUACAAGUGAAAAAUGGUUGAGUGAAUCAGAUUUCGAUGAAGAGGCUCGCUCGGGAAUUAUGAAUCUCCUUUCUCUGCUGGCAGCCAAGGCUAAAGGAAUGUUCCUCUACGCGAAAGUUGUUAUGGACAACGUUCAAAUGUGCCACAAUCCCGAAGCAAUCCAAAAUGAGUUAAGAGCUUUACCGGAGACUCUACAAGAUGCGUAA